GUUAAUGUGAAUUCAUUUCAUUCGGUUACUUUAAUAAAGAUUAAUUGUUAGUGAUAAAUAUGAGGAUUUUUCCUGUGUAUAUCAUAUUUACAUGUGAAAUAAUUUUAGUUCAUAAUCUAUUCAGUCCAUUACAAAUACAAAAACGUGUAAUUAAUGGUCAAAAAGCAGAAAAAUUAGAAUACCCAUGGGCUGUAUCUAUAAAAGGUACAAAUCCUGUAUUCAAACAAAUCACAUAUUGUGGAUCAACAUUUAUACGAGAUCGUUGGUUACUUACUGCUGCUCAUUGUUUUUGGGCUGGAUCAUGGAGAAAAUCCCACCUUUUAGAUCCAAACAACUGGCAUGUUCAAGCUGGAAGUAACGUGAUUGAAUUAGGUGAAGAACAUGGAUAUAGAGGCCAUGUAUUAAAACCAGGUACAAGUGGACGUCAAACUAUUGUAGCUACUUUAAUCAAAAGGUUAAUUGAUAUUUUCUCCAGUAGUUCAAAAGACAAACAAGGAGCUGUUUGGCAUACACAUGUAAAACAAAUUAUACUUCAUCCAAGUUAUAGACCAGACGAUCUAGAAUAUGAUCUAGCUUUGCUCGAAUUAGAAACACCCUUGCCGUCGGAAGAUCCAGGGGUUCAACCUGCUGAAUUACCACCUGGUGAAAAUUAUCUUGCUUGGCCACCUGAUCAUGCUGAUUGCAUAUUUGUCGGAUGGGGUUGCCGUGUAAAAAAUGGUAAACCAUCAGCACAAGCUCAAGCUGUUCAUUUGUUAACACUAAAAAAUCAGGACUGUUCGCUUAUGUAUGGCAAUGCAGCAGGCUUAAACGAUCAACAUGAGUUUUGCGCUGGUUAUUACCAAGGACGAGUAGGAAUAUGCUCAGGUGAUAGCGGGAGUGGUUUGGUUUAUAAGAAAGAUGAUAAAAACUACGUUGUUGGUGUAGCUUCAGCUACACACGCUACGGCACCUGAGCUUUAUCCAGGUUUAUUCACAAGAGUUGCAUAUUUUAGAGGAUGGAUCGAUGGAGUAAUAGACGGGACAACAACUCAAAAUUCAACUAGCCCGAAACAAUAAACCAUAAACUAAAUUCACAUUAGCAUAUUUUCAGUACAUUUUACUUUAUCAUUCAGUUUUGUUGAAUAUUAAUAUACAAAAAAAGCAUUGAACUUUUCUCAUGUUGAUUUUAUUCCAUCUGACAUAACGUGUAACUAAUAUACUGUAAUAACAUGGAAUACAUAUUUAAAUAAUUAA